AACGCGAGAUUUCCCUGGUAGCCAUGGAAACGACAACGGCGUUCAGUUUCUCAGUGAGGAAGAGGCGGAAUGGUUUUCCUCUUGUAAUGUUUUUAUUUAGCGGACCAUGGAGCUCCCGGAGACACUUAGAAAACAUUUAGAGGACUUUUCUCGCAACGUUUUGUUUGACCAGAGUCGGACGGAGUCUUCCUCUAAAGACCGCGACGCGUUUUUGGCACACGACAAUCGAGUUCUUUCAAGCCUCCAGCUCCAGAUGUCUCUGUACUUUAACAUGUGGUUCUUCCCCUGGUGGUGGAUCAGUGAAACUGUAAUGCUGCAGCUUAAGUAUCCUGCUUUGUCAGACUACUACAAAAUCAUCCUUGUUACUAUUCUUAUCCUGAUGACGCUGAUUGAGGCUAUUCGACUCUACCUUGGUUAUGCCGGGAACUUGCAGCAAAAGGUCCCAGAGCUGGCUGGAUUUUGGCUCUUGAGCGUCCUGCUGCAGUUUCCAUUAAUCCUGUUUCAGCUCUUUAAUGAAGCCAUCCUUGUUCAGCCCCUGGAGAGAGGUGUUCACAUCGUCCUUGCCUUAUUCAUACUCACACAGGCCAUUUCUGGUUUUGUUGCGCUCCGCGACAUGGUCAGACACACAGAAAGCCAAUUUCAUCUGCGACAGUUUGACUGACUUCUCACACUCUGACGUCCACAUCUGGACACAUCUGGGCAAAACCUCUGCUCACAUCUCCAGG